CUGCAGGUCAGGAACAUCGAUUUAAGAAUAUAACAAUAAUAAUAAUAUCACUGAAUCGCCAAGGCAGUCUAGGAUGAUGAUUUUAGAUGGUUUGCACUGGUCUAACAACAACAGACCAGCAUCGGUCAAGACCAGAUGUUAUUGUAAUUAUUGUUAUUGUAAUAAGCCUGAUAACAAGCCGGUGCUCCACACAGAGAUCUAAACCGAUCGUGAACUGUCUGGGGUGACAUAAAGAAACAGAACAGACUGAGAUAGACCGAAUCCAGAAGAUCUGGCAACGCCUACAAGAUGCUUCCAGAAACCUACCUGCAAAGCUACAGCACUGUUAAAAGUUUUAGUCACUUGUUUAAAGUGCUGUAAAAUGAGGACGAUGUCAAAAAAAUAACGCCAUAAAUAGAUUGUUUUUUUAAAGAAAUAACUUCUAGCAACUAAAUUUAAUCAAAAUUUGGUUUGACUAUCCUUCAUUUUUCCAGGUAAGCUUGAAUCUUGGAGACGUUGCAGUUCUUCUGGAUUUAGUCUGUCUCCGUUUGGUCAGUUUUUUCAUUUCUUCAUGUCAUUCCAGACAGACUAUGAUGAAGAUGAUGAUGAUGAAGAUGAUGAUAUUGAUGAUGAUGAGAUCAGAUCUGUGUGUGGAUCACAGGCUGUUGUCAGACCUCUUGUGCAACCAAAAAUACGAUUAAUGCCAAAAUGAAUGUUUGGAAUUGUAAACUGAUAUUUCCUACUGACACGCUACAUCAAAAUAUAGAAAUAACUGACAAUGAAAAUACUAGUGUUCUAAUAAUUAGAUAACUAAUAUGCUUCAUGUGCUUUAUCAUUUUGCGUGAACACUUACAUACUUACAGUAACUAUUCCAGCAGCGUAUUAUGGAAUACAAUUGCUUCUUGAUGAAUACGUCCUUUUAAUAAAUGAUACUUUGGAGGGCUCCAAAAGUCGAUACAGCUAAUUGCUAGUGACUUUGAUUUUCUAGUCCGAAACUCUUAUUAUGAAAUCACAGCAAGCUAUUUCCUUGUUAAACCCCGCCUUCAUUAAACGCGCGUUUCUGAUUGGUCGAGAAUCUGUCAGCAAGCGGCCUUCGCCGACGGAACUUUGUGUAGUCAGAAAAACGCGCCAAAGCACGUCGCGGGGCUGGUUGAACAAAAUACAGGAGGAUGGCAUCGACAAGUAAAGCACAACCUCAGACGAGAAAUUUACCAUGGGUUGAAAAGUACAGGCCACAGACAUUAGAUGACCUCAUCUCUCAUCAAGACAUCCUGAGCACAAUCCAGAAGUUCAUCAGUGAAGACCGACUGCCUCACCUGCUUUUCUAUGGACCUCCGGGAACGGGAAAGACCUCAACUAUCCUAGCAUGUGCCAAACAGCUGUACAAAGAUAAAGAGUUCAACUCCAUGGUCCUGGAGCUCAAUGCGUCAGAUGACCGUGGUAUAGAUGUGGUGAGGGGUCCAAUCCUCAGCUUUGCCAGCACGCGAACCAUUUUCAAGAAAGGCUUUAAGUUGGUGAUCCUGGACGAGGCGGAUGCUAUGACCCAGGACGCACAGAAUGCUUUAAGGAGAGUCAUUGAGAAAUUUACAGAGAACACACGUUUCUGUCUGAUCUGUAACUACCUUUCAAAGAUCAUACCUGCACUGCAGUCUCGAUGCACGCGGUUUCGUUUCGGCCCCCUGUCCCAGAGCCAGAUGAUUCCCAGACUAGAGCACGUGAUACAGCAGGAGAGCAUUGACAUCACUCCAGAUGGCAUGAAGGCCAUUGUGACCCUUUCGACAGGAGAUAUGAGACGAUCAUUAAACAUUUUACAGAGUACACAUAUGGCCUAUGGGAAGGUGACAGAGGAGACGGUGUACACAUGUACUGGACAUCCUCUCAGAUCAGACAUCGCCAACAUACUGGACUGGGCCCUCAAUAAAGAUUUCACCACUGCAUAUAACCAAAUUUUGCAGCUUAAAACUCUAAAAGGUCUGGCACUUCACGACAUUUUAACUGAAGUCCAUCUUCUCAUCCACCGUGUGGACUUCCCACCCUCCAUCCGCAUGGGCUUGCUUAUAAAACUUGCAGAUAUUGAGUAUCGUCUGGCCACUGGAACCAACGAGAAGAUCCAGCUGAGCUCAAUGGUUGCAGCUUUCCAGGCUGUUAGAGACAUGGUAGUUAGCGAUGGAUAGACCCCUGGUUCACACUUUGAAAGAGUUGAAAUGUAACACAGAUCUGUGAUGUCGUAAGAGCAUGUGGUUUACUUCAUAUUGUUCAAAAAAUCAGAACCCGGUAAUAUCUUUAUUUGUAUGUUUAUUUUUUAAGCUUGAAAUGACGCUUGUCUCUUUUGUAAAACAGUUCCUACAUUUUUUUUUAUGUAAAAAAUAAAGUCUUUAAAUAAAUA